AUGGCCCAGCCACGUCACCUUCUGGACCUCGCCGACGAGCUGCUGAGCGAGAUUCUGUCUUUCUUGCUAGAGGAGCCCGGGCCCCGAGCCCUAAAUGGUAACUCCGCCAGGAACGGGCACAAUGGCCACCACGCUGGGGAAUACGAAGACCAUCACCCCAUGGACUAUGGCUAUGGCGAAGCCUCCGAGCUGGAUCGUUUUCGACUCGUUUGUAGACGAUUCAUGCGCAUCGGCACGCCACGCAAAUUCUCGCGCUUUAUUCUGCGCUUCUCGGAGGAUGGUUUCCGCCGUCUGGACGACCUGUUGAAGAUGCAGCUGGCCUGCUAUGUGAAAACGGUGACAUAUCUCGUGCGACCCUUCUAUCAAGGCAGCGGCUGGGCACUGGCUUUUCGAACGCUCGGCACCGAAAACCCUCUCCUCGCGCAAUUGCAUAGCCGCCGCCUGCGCGAGCAAACCACCCUUGUCGACAGCAAUGACGACCUCACGCAGCUCCGUGCUGCAAUUGCGGCCUUCUCAGCUCUGCAAGAAAUAAAACUUCUCCGCCUGCAAGACGAAGCCGACGAGCGGCUCCUCGAUUUCAUCCGCGACCAGGCCAUUGGCAAUGCAGCGCCCGCGACCCGUUUCGACUGGGAGUCUGCAUGCUCGCGCGCCGUCACCAACCUAGGCAUCGCCCUGCUCGACUCCCAACGUACCUCAAUCCGCUUCAUCGGCCCACAGAUCAGUCCCGAAGCAACGCUGCAGCUUCUCGAAGCACCCUCAACCACCCUCGCCGCAAUGGGCGGCCGCAUCACCAGCCUCGACAUCAACUUCCAUGCCAACACCGACAUCACCGCAACCAUGUCGCACCUCUCCUCCGUCUUCCACCGCUUCUUCAUGGAGGCCAAAAACCUGGUAGCCAUCCACAUCGGCUUCCCGGCCAAAACCCCGCUCGACCUCGACCUGGAAGCCAUAUUCCAUAACAUCCGCUGGAAGACUCUGCGCACACUGAGUCUGCAGGGCUGGAGGCUCAGCGCCGACGAGCUCAUUGCGCUCGUGCGCCGGCACCGCUACCAGCUCCGCGAUUUCCGCCUGUUCGCAAUCUACCUCCGAGCGCCAGGCCGGUGGCGCGACGUGUUAUGCGUGCUCCGCGCGGAAAUGGAGCGCUUGGUUCGGCUCGAUAUGCGCGAAAUCGACUAUGCGGAGAACUUUGACGCGCUCACCAUCGACAGCGGCGUCGAAGUCUUUGACCCGCACCCGGCGCCAAUGGCCUCAUCCGUCUCCGUGGCCGCGGCCACGGGCACGUCCCCGCCGGAGUCACAUAUCCCUGCUGCGUUUGGAGGCAAUGGGCUCCCGGCUCUGGGGCGCAGGCUGCCACUGAGACGGGGGUCGUUUGGAAAGGUGCGCGGAUUGUCUGUGGAUGAGUUGGGGGAUAACGGAUUCCGCGUGCAGCAGGAUCAGGUGCAUCUUUGGGAGGCGUGGGUUUUAUCUGGACCGCGGCGGGACAUGCUGAAUAGAUACUCGCACUAG